AUAAUAUGUUUUCAGUUUAAGUGAAAAGUUUAAAUUAAAAUGUCAUUGAAAGUUUGGAAAACAUGUUGAAAAAGUGUCAAAUUCAGUGAGAAUGAAUGGAAAUGCAGAAAAAGUGUGAAAAGGUUAGGAAAGGGGUUGGAAAGGGGAAAUGAGAAUGAGUGUAGAAAAUAAUAAAGGACUAGAGAGAAAACGGAUAAAGAAUAUAGGAAUAAGAAUAAGAAACGAAAGAAUGGAGAUGGAGAAUAAUAUGACAAAACAGUUUAUACUUCUGGAUGAAAGGAUAAAUAAACAGUUGAAACUUCCGGAUGAGAGGAUGAGAAAACAAGUGAUAAUCCCGUAUGAAAGUAUUAGAAAACAGCUCACAAUUCCGGCUGAAAGGAUUAGAAAACACCUGACACUUCCGACUGAAAGGAGGAGAAAACAGCUAACACUUCCGACUGAAAGGAGGAGACAGAUAUUUCCGGAUAAAGAGAUGAGAGAACAGUUAAAAAUCCCGGAUGAAAGGAUGAGAAGAUAUCAGAUAAUCCGGGAUGAAAGGAUGAGAAGACCCCUGAUGUUCAUGGAUGAAGGGAUGAUAAGAAUGGGGUGUAGUGGAUGCCUUUACCAGCUCAAAUUCAUCCCGAAUUUGGGAUGGUUGUGGACUAAAAUGUAAGUCUUAAACCACAUUUAUUUAGUGAGAAGUACACAGAAAUCGAUAUUUAUAAAUAUGAACCAAAC